CCCUGAGAGCCAACAGCCUCUGUGUCAUGAUGCCCUGGUACUGCUCCCCGCUUCUGCUCUUGCCCCUGCUCCUGGCCCUCUCAGUUGCAGAAGCCCAGGUGGAGGUGAGGAUAUCGCCCAGCAACCUGUUGGUUGAGUACGGCGGGAACCUGACGCUGACUUGCUCAUCAACAUGCCCAAUCUCUGAUGUCCAGCUGGGCCUGGAGACCUCGCUCACAAAGCACCAGGUGGACCAGGGGCAUAGCUGGGUGUUGGUCAACAUCAGCGAGUCACAAUCCGUGGUCCAGUGCUGGAUUGCCUGCAAUGGCACUGACAAAACAAUAGCGUCUGCCGAUAUCACAACAUACCGGGUCCCAAAGCAAGUGACACUGGAACUGCCACCCAUGCUAGAGAAGGGCAAGACCUACCCCGUGACCUGCAGGGUGGUCAAUGUGGCACCUGUGAGGAACCUCAGUGUGACCCUGCAUCUCGGGGGUCAGGUGCUACACACAAAGAACUUCCAGAAUUAUACCCCGGUUAAUGCUACCAACAUCAUGGCCACAUUCAACGUGAUUGCAGAGCGCGAGUACCAUGGGCAGGAUGUCACCUGCCACACGGCACUGGACCUGCGGCCCCAUGGGCCUCUCCUCAAGGAUGCCUCCACCCCAGCCAGCCUCAGCGUGUAUGAGACCGCAGCGCGGGUGGUGCUAGAGAUGACCCCAGAGAUGCAGCAGGGUAGCACCUACAACGUGACCUGCCGGGUAGAAAAUGUGGGGUCCCUGCAGAACCUCAGUGUGAUGCUAUACCGUGGGCACCAGAUCCUGCACGCAAAGACCUUCAGUGAUGAUCUGGGGGCCAGGCCCCAUGACAAGCUCGUGACCUUCAACAUGACUGCACGGCGCUACCACCAGGGCCAGAACAUCAGCUGCCAUGCGGUGCUGGACCUGGACCUGAAUGGGCACAGGCUGGUGGUUGAGGAGAGCAGCCCUUCGACCAGUUUCAGAGUAUAUGCCAACAGCCAGGCGCAGAUCGUCGCGCUCAGCAGCAUUGUGGCCUUAGUGAUAUUCCUGGUGGGCACUGGGGCUAGAGUGCUGGGGUGGCAGCUCCAGGCCCAGCAGAGAGAAGAGCGGAAGACUAGGAGCCUGGCACGGGGGGAGUGAGGACAGAGGCCUCAGGCUGCUGGGGGGGUGGGAAGUGGAGCCCAGAGGAGACACUGGCACAGGACAGGUCGGAAGCUCUGUCUUCCAGGUCUGUGGGGUCAUUAGCAAGGCCUCAUUAGCAGUGAACAAUAGAGAUUAAAGUUUUUAAGUAUGUGAA